GAUCUCGUGGCGGGAGAGUACAGUAAGCAACGGAUUGCGAUAAACAGAUGAGAAGUUUGUCUGGCGCGUUUGUAGUAAUAAUCAACUUAACAAAACGUGAAGCAAUUAUGAUAUAAUUAAUCAUUUUUGCGGAAAAAAUGUAUUAAUACGAUAUUUGUUAACAUAUUUCAACGCCAUUUCAUCUCGCGGAUAUAAAUAAAAUGUCCGGAAAUCGUUUUUGUUUAAUAUUCGUAGUAUUAUGUUCCUUUGUGUCAUAUAGUACAGGUGUAGAUGCUUCCUUAGGUGUGUUAGACAUUGUAAAAAUUGCUAAAAUAGUCGCGGAAGGUAUAGCAAAAGCUUGGAACAUCGUUGAUCAACGCGUUGAUUUUCCAGAGUUGCCUAUACCGAUUUUAGAUCGAACCGAAGCGAAAUUAUUUGGAAAAAUUAACGUUUUAUCGAGAAAAUUGGAUGAAUUAGCUGUGAAAGUAGACGGAGUAGGUACCGAUACCAUUUCUACGAUUCUUCGCAAUUUACCCGAUAGAGUGCGCUUGGAGCUUCGUCUAAACGAUCUGUCAAAUUAUAUGACACGUGCCGAUGUUAAUUUUAGGAAUUUUUUGAAAUACGCCGAUCGAAAAAAUGAUUUCGAACGAUUAACAUUGGAAGAUUUCGCCAGAACGGCCGUUUCCCACGAUAGUAAUUCCAUUAUAAGUUUAAUGGAGAGGAUAGACGUGUUUAUAUCACCGCCAAGUAGAGGAUUGGCAGAAACUGGUAUUUUGGAACUGUUACUUAAAGAUUUAGGGGAAAUAGAAGGGGAUACGAUUUGUAAUUCCAAACAAUCCCCCCAACAAGUAAUCUUCAAUUUAUACAAUUCAAUAGCACUUACCGAAUUAAAGGGCUAUUCUAUGAUUCAGUUCUCUUACAUGCUCCUGAGGUUAUAUAACAAAGGUGAGUGUAGUGCCCUUCUCGUUACUGAUCCAUAUUCUCGUUCGAAAUCAAUAAACUACUCGGUUUUUUCGUAUAUUUAUUUGUUUUCAGGUAAUUUUACGACGGAAUCUCAAAUUUUACGCGAGAGAUUCGAAGAAAGAACAAACAGUGCGAUAAAUGUCGUGAAAAAAGUCAUGGGGGAAGCGUCUAGAGAAUAUUGGAAAUGCGAUCCCAAAAAAUACGUCAAAGGUGAAACGUACGAAGAAAUAACACAAUUAUUACAAGGUUAUGUACAAAAUGAAGUAGAUUUAAAUCCAGACGCCACCUGUAGGGAAAAUUGUGCCGAAUACACUUACACGAAAAGUCACGGUUGUUUCCAGAAUUUGUAUUGCCGUCAACAGAGACGUUGUAACGGAAAAAUAAUCGACUGUAGAUAUUAUGAUUCGGACAUGUGGAUUUGUCCAGCGGAUCCUUUAAGCGGUAGAAGAUACGAGUACAUCGAAUAUGAAAACGGUAGAAUUUUAGGUAGGAAACAGGAAUGUACGAGGGGUACUACUAAAGUAGACAGUUGGUGGAGGUGGUUAUUUUGGCAUUGUUCUUAUUGUUUCUGUCUCUGCGACGAACAGGGCAGUAAUUCUGAUAGAUACGUCAACAUGAGACCUGUCAUUUCGAAUAUUUCUAACAAUAUGGUGGUAGUGGGUUUGAGGUUCGUUAAAAAAAAUCGUAUAAUUCACGUUCAGAUCCAGGAAGGUAAAUUACUUCCUAGGGGAAAUAUAGAUCAAAGCAGUGUACGAUGGGUGCCGGUGGAGGAUUACAGGAUAACGGACAGGAAAAUUUAUAGCGGACAAGAUUAUCACACUUUUAGUUGGGAAAAAAGGGCAAUUGAUUUGGAUGAUUUGGAAGCUGACGAAGGAUACGUCGUCACGGGUAUCAGGUUCAAAGAGAUCGGGUCUCAUUUGAAUUUCGAAAUAUAUACGAGUAAGUUUGAUUUUGUUACUGGAACUUUGAUAAAUCCUACGAGUACGAGUAUUUGGAAGGACAACGCCAACACGGACUCCUCGACGAAAAAUCCAAGAAGGAAAAUCUGGUUGGUUUCUCCCGAUAUACCGACCAGAACGACGUCGCCUUCUAUCCCUACUUCAACGUCUGACAGUUACAUCGAAUUAACCCACACAGACAUCGACAGAGACGUCGCUCAAACCACCGUACCGUUCUGGGAUUCCCAGAAAGUGGAAUCCCUGCAGGCGGUGCCGCUCAGCGGCGCGGGCAUUUUCCACAAAGGGCGGAAAUUUUUCGGCGGGUUCAUCGCGCUUAAAAUGUUCACUUACGAUUUUAGUAAACAUCUAGAAGCCGCUUUUCCCGAAGAGGAAAUUAGUUGCAUUUGUGAUACAACUGAAAAAGCAAUGACGAUAUUCCUAGGAAUAACAAUAAUUUUAACUUUAGUGAAAUAUUCGGCGAAUCUUGACACUGGAACACUUCUAGUCGAUAGCCUUCGAAAAGAUUUCUUCGUUUUAGAAGAUCAACUUUGGCAAUACAUUUUCAAAGAAAGGAAAGAUGAUUUCGUGGACCCCGGAAUCGAAAUUCUCAAGAAAUUUAACGAAUUUGACGUGAAAAUAAGAGAAUUACCUCAAGAUAUACUUUAUGGUAUGACUGUACAAAAAAAAUCCGAGUUGUUUCUCCUAUUCUUUUCGGACGUAAGAGUUAUACAGGAUUUGUACGAAAAGUUCCACCGAUAUCAAAUUCAUUUAUUGUCACCAACAAAAAAAGAUUACUCGGAUUACGGUAAAGACAUAAGUAUAUCCAGUCUUGUUAACGACAUUCUACACGAUCCGAAAAAUAACGUGAAUCAAAUUUCGCUACAAAUAAAUAACCAAAGUCUCAACUUGAUAGGAAAAAUGAUAUACGAAAUGGUUGAUAAUUUUAAUUGCGAAUAUCCAACUCAAUCUAGACAACAAGUUAUCUAUAACCUUUAUAAUUUGAUAGCUUCGACGGAACUUAAGGGAUACGUCAUGACACAAUUUGCGUUAAUGGCGUCUCGACUACAAGAAAAAGGUAAUUAUUCAAAAAUAUCAAUGGAAGUUCGAAAGGAGUUUAAUAAUAGGAUGAAAGAAGUUUAUCGUUUAACAAAAAUCCUCAUGACUUCAUUAUCAACGACUAUGUAUAGAUGUGACCCGAAAUAUCAUUCCGAAGGGAAAACUUACGAUCAACUGACUCGACUCGUACAGGCCCAUAUUCAAAACGAAGUUGAUUUGAAUCCGACUCGUACUUGUAAGGAAACUUGCGGUGAAUAUUCUUCCACUACUAGUCAAGGAUGUUACGACAGUGGCAGCGAUUAUUGUAAAUACAGUAAACCGUGCAAAGGAAAUAUUUAUAACUGUGAAUUUAUAGAGUCCCAUAUGACAACAUGUAUUUCUUCCAAUUUGAGCCCUAGAAGAUACGAAUACAUAAAACUACACAGCGGUACAGUUCUCGGCCAUGAAAACAGAUGUUCGGCAAAAGAUGUAUACAGCUGGACAAGAUGGUUCGUCCAUUGUUCAACUUGUUUAUGUUAUUGUGACGAACAAGGUGCUUUAUCCGAUAGAUAUUUUAAUUUACGACCCGCAACGGCAGACGUCCAGAAAAACAGAGUUGUAACAGGUUUGAGAUUAAUAAAAUUAGAUCGUAUUUUCCACGUACAAAUACAAGAAGGUAGACUUCUACCUCACGGUUAUAUAGAUCAAACUACCGUGAAAUGGGUACCCGUAAAAAGAUAUAGGAUAUUUGAUAUGGGAGUAAAGAAUGGGGUAGAUUAUCACACAAUGGACUACGGACACAGAAGAGUAUAUUUAAAUACCCUAAUCGAUGAAAAAUCAAACUAUAUUGUUACAGGUGCUAGAUUUGCUCUCAACAACGGAAAUUUACAAUUUCAAAUAACGGUUACUCGUUUUGACUUCAACACUGGUAAACUUUACGCUAAUGAGUCAUACGAGGCCGAUAGAAAAGAAUUUAUAAGUAUGGAACGUAUAAAUAUAGAUCAACCGGAUAUACCGACAAAUUCCCCCCCGUCGGAGCCUGUUAUUGGCUGGAAUCAAUUUUUAGAUUUCAGAGCAACGGAUUUGAUUAAAGAUGCCGCCCAAACGACGGUUCCCUUCGUAGAUAUCCAACCCGUUUCGGCGGAACCCGCGGUUCCGCUCAAAUCCGCCGGAUUGUAUUACAAAGGGCACGUGGGUUAUGGCGGAUUUAUUGGAAUCGUGGCGGAUACUUACGAUUAUUCCAAACAUUUGAAAUUCGAAUUUCCGUUCGCUCGAAAUAGGGAAGAAUCCGAAGAAAAUUAUGAGGUGAUGCCGAAUUAAGAGAAGAAA